GGGACUGACCUUUGUUCAUUUGAAAGUCCGAUUAGGCUCAGCCCCAUAGUACACAUAGUCUACCCAUAGUGCUUUGGAACACCAGAACGAGCUGUUACACUACAGAGAUGAGUGGAGAGCUGCUGUCCGAGAGUGAGCCGGCUACGUCCAAGCCUCCCAGACCUGUACGGAGAGAAACAAACUGGCCCCUAGUGUUGUUCUACAUCUACCUGCACAUGUCUGCCCUGUACGGUCUGGUACUAAUAGUCACCGAGGCCCGUGUAUACACCACAAUAUUCACCUUGAUACUGACAAUGUUGGGAACCAUCAGUAUCACAACAGGCUGCCACAGACUCUGGGCUCACAACACAUACAAGGCUGUCUGGCCUCUCCGACUCUUACUGGUCACAUUGCACACUAUGUGUUGUCAUGGUCCAGUGUAUGACUGGGUGCGGGAACACCGGGCACACCACAAGCUGCGGAACACAGACUUUGACAAGUUCGACUACCGCAAGGGCUUCAUGUUUGCGCACAUUGUGUCCCAUUGCAUCAACACUGACCCCAGGAUAGAAAGGGAAGAGGAGAAAGUUGACAUGUCAGACUUGGAGCAGGACAGCAUUGUCAUGUGGCAGAAGAAAUUAUAUUGGCUAGUCAUGCCAAUAGUGGGUCUGUUGCUGCCUAUUAACGCUCCAGUAGAGUACUGGGGAGAGACUGUGCUAGUGUCUUUGUCUUUGGUGGGGUUCCUGAGACUGUCUGUACUCUGGCAUGCUGCCUGGUUGGUUAAUUCUGCCAACAUACUCUGGGGCCUGGAUCCCUUAGACAGGAAAUCAGGAGACACCAUCCUGGUAUUCUUCUUUGAGAAGUCCCUAUGGCCGCAGUACCACUAUCUGCUGUCUUGGGACUACAAGAGUGGGGAGUAUGGCGGCUACGGCACCGGGCUGUCCACUGCUCUGAUCCGCGUGUGGGCGGCACUGGGGGUGGCAUACGAGCUGACCACCUGCAGUAGCGACGGGGUCAAACGAGCACUGGCCACUGCGAGUGCGACUGGCCGACCUGUACUCGAGUGUCUGGAAGAGAACAAGAGAUUUGCAACACUCCCGGAAGUGCUGGACUGUACACAGCAUGGCGCUUAGGCACUGAAGGACUCGCAUUUUUCUAAUUCUGUGUACGUACAGUAAAUGUUUAGUUUGUAAGAAGCAUGUCUGACAAAAAUUCUUUUUAAAGCAGAGUGAGACUACAAUUCCACGUAGUUGCAGUGUAGGCCCUAUGGCUGUUUACAUUGUUUAAUAAUAUAACAGAUUUGGUGAUAAUGUGAUGAGUGAUGUAGUAGCUACACUGGUUGUAGAAACUUAAUGAAGGUUAAAACAAAUAUCCAUGAAGAGAAAAAUGGAGAACAGCAUCAUCAAUCAGGAAUUAGUAAGGAAAGUUGACAUACAAAUUUAACUGGGUCACAAUUUCACAUUGUUAAUUUUGUAUACAAGGUGUCUCACAACCAUUUCAUCAAACUUAACCACGUUGUUUAGCAGGUAUAACAUACGUCCUAUCUAGCUUAGUUUAGAAGUUGUCUGUCUGUAUGUGUGUUUUUUAAAAACAUAUAUCUAAUGAACAGUUUAAGACAAAUGAUUGUGUAACUCAGUAUGAUAAAGGUCUCUUCUGAGUUUCAUGAAUUUACCUUAAACUGUUCAGGAGACGAUAAUGUCAUUCAAAAACACACAUACAGAAAGACAACUUCAAAACCAAGCUAGAUAGGACACACAUUAUCAUAUAUUAUUUGUUAGUGCAUUACCAUAUUACCUGCUGGUAGUGUUUCGAGACACUCCGUACUGUAGAGAGCAUUGUAAUUAUAAAAAACUCAAAUUUUAGUUCCAAAUUGCAAUUUAAGUUUUGGGCCUUGAGAAAUGCCCAUUUUUUGUGAGUGUAUAAUUAAAUAGACUUUGACCAAAUUUGGUAUUGGGGUAUAAUUAAUGUCACCAGAUACGAUUAUGAAUUCUUUGAACAUUUAAAUAUUUAAAAAUAAUUGGCUAAACAAUUAAAAUUUUCUAAAAUAUCGCUUAAAUGGUUUUAAUUAAAUUAGAAUUGUUUAUAGUCCAUUUGAAGCUUAAAAAGGCAGGGUUAACUGUGUCUCACUAUUAAUUGUUAAUCAAAAGUUAUAAAGGAUUUAUAUUUUGGAAAUGCAUUUGAAACAGUACAAAAUUAAUUGUUGGAUUAAAGUUAGAAUGUAAAAAUAAAUUGUAAAUAUUUCCAGAGAGUCUUAGGUCUAUAACCCACUUAUAUAUUAUGAUUUUUUUACCCAAAUAUAUUUUUGUCUAAAUAUUAAUAAAAAUAAUUUGAAGAAUU